GAGGGAGGGAAGAGGGAGAGUGUGCUUGAGGACCUGGUUUUUUUGCUUCAUUUCAUAGGCUUCUUCUUUGGUUUGAUUGAUUUCUUGAUUCAUUUGUUAUAAAAAUUUGUUGGCAAAAGGAUUCGUGUGUCUCUCCCUUGACUCUCCAUCAUCAACGUCAAGGACCUGUGCUGGAUAUAACCAUCUCUCAAAGAUUAAAAAGACAAAAGGACAGAGGCCCAGAUUUUUUUUUUUCCUUCUUCUUCUUCUUCUUCUUCGUUGAGAUGGCACCGAGCUUUGACCGUGCAGUCCCGAGCCUUCUGUGUGCUGAAGACAACACGACCGUCUUUGGCGAUAACGACGGUGAUGGGGCCGUGGAGGAGGCCCUUGAGACCACAUGGCACCAACGGGGCCAUCGUGGGCAUCAUCAAGACCGGGGCUUUGAGGGUGGAGAUGAGUUGCUGCCGAUGCAGAGUGAGGAGUGUUUGGCCGUGUUGCUGGAGAAAGAGGGCCAGCAUUUGCCUGGACUUGAUUAUUUGAACAGAUUGAGAAGUGGGGAUUUGGACUUGGGAGCUAGAGCUGAGGCUGUUGAUUGGAUGGGCAAGGUUCAUGCCCAUUUCAGCUUUGGACCACUCUCUGCAUAUUUAUCGAUCAACUACUUGGAUAGGUUCCUCUCGGCCUAUGACUUGCCUAAAGGCAAACCUUGGAUGACACAGUUGUUGGCUGUGGCAUGCUUAUCUCUAGCUGCCAAAAUGGAGGAAACUGAAGUGCCUCUCUCUCUAGAUUUACAGGCUGGUGAAUCUAAGUUUGUGUUUGAAGCUAGAACAAUUCAGAGAAUGGAACUCCUAGUUUUGAGUACAUUGAGCUGGAGAAUGCAAGCCGUGACCCCUUUCUCCUAUUUAGAUCAUUUCCUUCGCAAAAUCACUGGUGGAAACGUGCCUCUCCGAACAUUGAUUUCACGAUCGGUCCAACUCAUAUUGAGUAUCGCGAAAGGGAUUGAUUUUGUAGAGUUCAGGCCUUCGGAAGUUGCAGCAGCAGUUGCGAUAUCCAUUGCAAGAGAGAACCAAUCAAUGGACAUUGAGCAGACACUUUCUGUUCUCCCUCAACAUGUGAGAAAGGAGAGGGUCCUGAGGUGCAUCGAGCUAAUUUCCGACAUGGCAUUGAGUGUUGGGCUCCCUAAGAGUGGCACUUCAGUGUCCUCUGUGCCUCAGAGUCCAAUCGGGGUACUGGAUGCUGCUUGCUUGAGCUAUAAAACCGACGAAACGGCAAUUGGGUCCGGUGCAAAUUCCUCACAUAAUAGCCCGGACCCUAAAAGGAGGAGGACAUAGUGAUCCCAAAAAUUGCUGUUACCUGUCGUUGGAAGCCGGGUUUAUUUCACAUUUACAAGGGAUGAACUUGAUUUUUGUAUGUAAAGGUGUGUAUACUGAAAUGCACCAACAAGACAUUGUUAGAAACACAACAGAAAAGAAAAGGAAGAGGUGAGAGAAAUUGGUUGGAAAAGAACUGGGGAAGACAAAUCUUUGGAUUAUGUGUAAUGGAGGAGUUUUGAAUAAGUUGGGUCAUCAGUUGGAGGAUGCAGGAAUGGCAUAACAGUGUGUGUUCAUACUCUUGGUAUGAAAUGGGAGUUUUGACACCAGCUGUUAAAUAUUAGACUUCUUAGCAGCUAGGUAAGGACUCAAGGAGGAGAUGAGCGAAAGAGAUGAGAAAAGAUUUGUGUUGGUUGUGAAAUACAGUUUUAAUUUUUUUUCUCUUUUUUCAAUUUUUGAUUGGAGUUCGCAAAUUUGCAUCAGCUAAAAGGGGAGAAGAAAUAUAUAAUAAAUCCCCAAAAAACAUGGUUUUAUGA